AUGGGUGUCAUCCGUAAGAAGACAGUCACUAGGGGAGAGGGUGGUGUGAAAUAUGUUUGCGACGUUUGCUCAUCAGACAUCACGUCAACGGUUCGCAUUAGGUGUGCAGACCAAUCAUGCUCCGAUUUCGACUUGUGCGUCUCCUGCUUCGCCAAAGGAGAGUCUCGCAAUAACCACGACCCCGGGACCCACGAGUUCCGGGUAAUUGAACAGAACUCGUUUCCCAUUUUCGAACGCGAAUGGGGGGCCGACGAAGAACUCUUGCUGUUGGAAGGCGCUGAAAUAUACGGUCUCGGGUCCUGGGCAGACAUUGCCGACCACAUCGGCGGGUUCCGCGAGAAGGACGAGGUUCGCGAUCACUACCUUGAAACCUACGUCAACUCCCCGAAUUUCCCUCUUCCAAAACGAUGCAGACCGCAUGACUGCGAGCUCGCAAAUCAAGUGCCCCGAGAAGAGUUUCAGGCGCAAAAGAAGCGAAGGAUCGAGGAGCGGCGUGAAAAGUCCAAGAGCGCGCCAGCUUUGCAACCCAAAACCAAGCCGACUGCCAGUGUACCCAGCUGUCACGAAAUCCAGGGUUUCAUGCCGGGUCGUCUUGAAUUCGAAACUGAGUAUGCCAACGAGGCUGAAGAGGCGGUCCAGCACAUGCAGUUUGACCCUGGCGAUGGCAUGAACCCGCGCACCGGCGAACUCGAGCCGGAAAUGGAGCUCAAGCUCACUGUCAUGGAUAUUUACAAUUGUCGGCUGACUCAACGUGUGGAUCGCAAAAAGGUUAUAUUUGAACACGAAUUAUUAGAGUACAGGGAAAACACCAAGAUUGAGAAGAAGCGAUCAAAAGACGAGAAAGACAUGUUACAAAAGGCCAAGCCUUUUGCCAGGAUAAUGAAUCACAAAGACUUUGAAGACUUCAACCAGGGCAUUAUCGAUGAGCAGAACCUGCGACAAGCUAUCACCCAGCUACAAGAAUGGCGGAGCUUGAAGAUCGGGGACCUAAGGAGCGGCGAGAAGUACGAAGCAGAAAAGGCUGCCCGAAUACAAAAGGCCAUUCCCAUGGGCUCGAUGGACAGAGAGAGGCUCGCCAGUAGCCAACGAUCGAAGCAACAAGCCGCGCCGGAACCACCCAGUGGCGCGUCUCUUCUCGUUGCCCCGGAACUCGCCAUUCGUCCAGCCCAGACCAAUGGCGAGGCCGUCAAUGGCGAUAGCAAGCCGCUUGUCAACGGCCAAGCUAACGGUGUGAAUGGGAUCAACGGAGUGAACGGUCACGCCUCGGCUAGACCAAAAUACACGCCACAGCCUAUUUCUGGCGUGCAACCGCUUCAACUAAAUCAAGAUACCGCGGCGGACCUGCACCUGCUGACGCCUGAUGAAGCCAAGUUGUGUGAGAUUAUUCGACUACAGCCCAAGCCCUAUUUAAUGAUCAAGGAGCAGAUUCUCAAGGAGGCGCUCAAGACCAACGGAACCCUCAAGAAGAAACAAGCUAAGGAGAUUUGCCGACUCGACUCACAAAAAGGGGCUAGAAUAUUUGACUUUUUUAUCAAUGCUGGAUGGCUAGGGAAAGCAUGA